CGGAAGUACAGUUUCUAAAUGAGAUUUGACCUCAAGCUCAGGUUUAUUUAUGAGUUUCUGUGGUACCGUUGUUAAACGGUUGUUGUUAUUAAUGAGACUUACGGUCAUGCAGUGGUCGUCCUGAUGGAUCCUAACCUGUUAUACUGGAAAAAUGAAGGGCAGUCUUUCGUCAGUCGACUGCGGAUCUGGGUUGAUCUCCUUGAUCCAAGAUUCCUGCUGGCCUCUGAUGCUGAAAUACAGAAGGCCCACACUCGUCUUGAAAAGCAACAAAAACACAAUGUAACAGUUAAUGAAGGACAUGUGCUGAACCUCUCACUUGCUUCUGUCCACGCUGAUUCUGGACAUGUCCUCCCGUUGAUUUUCCGUCCUCCAGCAUUUUUGCCAGCAUCAGCACCUCUGGUGAUUGCCAGCAUUUUGCCCCACAGAGGUGUGUUGCCAGCUCUCUUUUGGCAGUUUUUGCUGCAGAGUUACAGCGUGGGCUUUAACCAUGUAAACAGAAACUCUUCAUCAGAAAAGAGACAGAAGACUUCUGAGAAGCAGCUUCUGUUGAUGGCUGGAACAAUUUCCUUUUCAACAUGUGCUGGGGCACUCCCUCAAAUUUUCAUCAACAGACUUAAUAUCACAAGUGCACCAGUCCAAACGUUCUUUAGAUCAAUAUUCCCAGUCCCACUGUCAGCUGCUUUGGCCUUCUACAAUGUGUUAUCUAUCAGAAGUAAGGAGUCCAAAUCCGGGAUCCAGGUGUUUGAUUCUGAUGGAAAUCCUGUUGGCUUCUCAAAAACAGCCGGACAAAAGGCUGUGAGGGAAACGGCAUUGUCACGAGCAGCUCUGAUGGGCACUACAGCUGCUGUUCCUAACCUUCUGGUCCUGCUUUUAAAAAGAACACAACUUUUCCAGAGGAACUCGCUGCUGGUGGGUCCGUUUCACUUUCUAAGUGCUGCAGUCGUUCUGGGCUUGAUGAUUCCCACUUCUUUUAGUCUGUUUCCACAAGUGGGAAUGAUAAGUAAAGAGAAUGUGGAAGAGGACCUGAGGGCUACAGCAGUCAACGGACAUUUAUACUACCACAGAGGACUCUGAAGAGUAGCCUUUACUGGAUAUCCAACUGGAAAUGCACGAGUAUGCAACAGCCUCUCUCCCACUUUUCAUGCAAAAUAUUCUUCUUUGUGAAAUUAAAAUUCAGCAAAACA